AAGGCCGUCAGGUGGCCAGAAAAGCAAGCAAGCGCGGAGCGUAAUCAAUACGCUCGCAGAACGCGGCGGUGCCUCGUGCGCGACAGCUCCGGCUGAGCUUUUAGUCGGACGUACGAAAGCGUCGAAAGCUCAUGAAAGCUCGUUUCGCUCGCGCGCGUCUUGCCGCGUUGCACCGGAUCGUCGUCAAGAGGCUAUAGGGUGGUGGACUUGACAGCAAGCGGCAAAAUGGCGACCGCGAUACGAAACAAAUGACUUUUCAUCAAAAGUUGAUUGUGCAAACUCCGCGUGAUACGCCUAAGACAGAUUCAUAUACAUUUGGAUCAGCUUUGAGCGGAAAGAUUCGAGCUCGAUGAAACUAGUUGGGAUGAGAACGUUGUUCAUGAUUAGGAGACUCGUUCGAUUGUCAUCAAAGCUCGAUCUUUUCGUGUAGAAACAAUUAUAGAGAUUAGAAGCAAAGAAAGUGAAUGAUUAAAUCGAAAUCGACGAUAUGAUCAACGUGGAGAAAUUCGUUCGAUGACUAUUUGGCCACGUGAAGUUGAGUUAGCUUGAAUUUCCGAUUAUCGAUCCAGGUGAUCGAUUAACGUGAUGAAUAUCGAUAAAGUGGACUAAUGAUAUUAAAAGGUGGCGUGUGGUACGCUACUUCUUAGCUGAGUGACGAUCACGUCGGUUUUAGCCGGCUUCGAUGGCUUGACGAACCUUCGCAAUAGUUAACGAUCCAUUUAUGCGAUCAUGCAUUUAUACUUCGAAAAGAAUAACAAUGCCAAGUGCGACUGCAACAUCUUGUCGCUUAGCUGGAUGGGCAAGGUGCCGGACGAGUCGCCGGAGGACGAAGGAUGGAAACUGGACCGUACGAAUUACUAUCAAGAAGGGUGGCUGGCCACUGGAAAUGCCCGAGGCCUGGUGGGGGUGACUUUUACCACGUCUCAUUGCCGAACGAGAGCCACGGAACUUCCGCUAAGGGCGAAUUACAAUCUUCGAGGACACCGUAGCGAGGUGAUAUUGGUGAAGUGGAACGAGCCGUACCAGAAGUUGGCAUCGUGCGACAGUUCAGGCGUGAUCUUCGUGUGGAUCAAGUACGAGGGAAGAUGGAGCAUAGAAUUGAUCAACGACAGAAGUACGCCGGUCACGCAUUUCUCCUGGUCCCACGAUGGUCGAAUGGCUCUCAUAUGUUACAGGGAUGGUUUCGUAUUGGUUGGCAGCGUCGCUGGCCAAAGAUAUUGGUCGUCGAUGCUAAACGACAAAGCCACCAUUACUUGUGGUAUUUGGACGCCGGACGAUCAGCAGGUUUAUUUUGGGACAACGGCUGGACAAUUAAUAGUAAUGGAUGUUCACGGGGCGAUGGUGUCCGAGGUGCAAUUGGCGGCCGGUGUCACUUCGAUGGCAUGGAGCGCUGAAAAGUUCACCAUGGAAGAAGGGGAUGACGAUUUAACGAACGAUAGAUCUCAUAAAGACGACCGAAAUUACGUGCUAGCCGUUUGCCUCGCCGAUGGGAAUAUAGUUAUGCUGCGUUCGUUCGACGACGUCUCGCCAAUCACGAUACGUACGAAUCUGAAGGCGCCCCUGCACGCGGAAUGGAGCAAUUCGAGAAAACUGCUGGCCAUAGCGGGGACGAAGGAUUCGGACAACGGUCAAGGCAGCCCUCACGAGUACGCGAACCUUUUAAAAUUUUAUUCGGUCACCGGCACGCUCGUCUACACCGCUGCGAUACCGUACACGCAAUGUCCAGUAUCGGCGCUCACGUGGGGUCACAACGACAGACGACUUUUCGUGGCGACCGGUGCACGCGUCCACGCCGCAUGGGUGUCGAGACGAGUAGGUUCGCUCCAAUUGUUGUCUCGUUUAGCUGUGAGGGCAUCUUUGACGAGGGAAUCGAGCGUUCAGCAACUCCCGUUGCCGCCGAGAUUAAGAGCGUCGGUGGCAGCCCUCUUCGCCAGUACAAUAAGAUGUUCCGUGCCAGAACCAAGGGAACUGAGACGUUUCGUGUCCCGUCCACCUCCGGAGGGUGGAAGAUUGCACUGCACGAUGCUCAGACACGCCGUGGAACCGGUGCCCUGUUACACGUUGUAUCUGGAGUAUCUAGGUGGUCUGGUGCCUCUUCUGAAAGGCAGAAGAACGAGCAAAAUCAGGCCGGAAUUUGUGAUAUUCGAUCCACAAAGCCAGGACACCCUUCAAGUGGUGGAAGACACGUCGCAGUGUCCCUCGUUCAGCGAUGGAUCCGACACGGAAAGGGACACGGCCGACCUGUGCGGAUCGCCUAGAAACAAAAGGAAAAACCGAAGGAAAAGGGAAGAGAAAACGAACGACGAUUCCGACGAUCUCACUUACGUGGACACGUUACCCGAGCACGCGAGAUUGGUCGAAGUAACGUCUAAUAUCUGGGGCACGAAAUUCAAGUUUCACGGGCUGGCUGAUUCGGUGCCCGCCAACUUGGGUCAGGUUACUUAUCGAACAUCGUUGUUGCAUUUGCAACCGCGACAAAUGACUCUGGUGAUGACGGAAUUACGGGAUGACGUGCCUGCAGGUCCGGAUCCUACCUUCAAUCCCAAUCUCUUCUCCGAGGACGAGGAGGAAUCGUUCCAGGAAUUUCAAGCCGCGUCGAGGACGACGUCCGAAGCUCAGCCGCCUCCCAUAGCGCCCAUGACGCCCCGUAACGCGCGCCUCAACUCCAAUCGUCCGAAAUCUCAAAUUUCCAAUCAAUUCAUGCCCGCCGAACCUUUGCCCGCCACUCUGUCCAGAGUCGAGAACUUCGAGAACGAGCUAGCCUACGUGGACCUGCAAGAAUUCGAGAAUCUGAGAACCGCGGACGGUUUGAGAACCGGCAACACUUACAGAACACCGCCCAGGCACAAUCCGCCGAGAUGUUGCGACGUGCCUGCACUUCAGUCCCCGAAAAACGCGGUCGCGCCCACGCAGACUAUUAUAGCGACCUCGAACACAGGGGCGGAUUACUCGAACAACAUUCAGAGAAUGAAAACCGCGCUCGCUGAUCAACCGGGGCUGGUCUCGAAGAAGGAGCACGAGAACAACAAGUUCAAUCAGAUUUCUCAGGACGAUAAACCAGUUCUGACAUCCUGCCCGUCGGCCAUCAUUCCAAUGCACAACGGCCAAGCGUCGAGCACAGAGGCGUCGAGCAGCCACGGAUGUUCUCAGGGAUCCAUCGUGAACGGGUUGAGCGGCGGCCCUCAGUCGCAGAUAUUUCUCAACGGGCUGCACGGCAUGGCCUGUUCGAGCAACGGAAUCCAGGGUAAAAAUAAUCACAACAACUCGAGCAUCGGCCAACCGUCCUCUAAUAACGGUCCGUUCGGUAAAAAUGGCAUACACUUGUCCAGCAAUCAUUCGCCGGCCUGUUCUUAUCAGUUUCCAGAGAACAUCGAUCAAUGUAUCGGGCAAACCUGUGCCUACUGCACCACGAAGCUCAAAGAUCCCAAGUCUCACGAGCUGUGCGGUAAAACGAACGCCGGUCAAUCGACCAGUUCCGUCACGACCGCGAAUCGGGUCGACGAGAUGCGUUUCAUCGACGAGGAAUCCCGCGGAGAGGCGGAAUCUUUCGACCAAUCACGAGGAGUUCACAGAACACAGACGGUGGUCAGUAUCGGCCCACUCUGCGUCAACGACUCUAUAGUUAGAAGUUGCAGUGUCGGUUAUUUGGACAUGGUGGACGCGCAAUUGGUUCCGUGCGAUAUCGCUUUGAAGAUGCUUAGGAAGGAGGCGCCUAACAAAAGAUUGGUCCUGGUUUCGAGAAAGACGAAGAGGAGAAAAAAGAACAAGACCCAACAAGAGAUCGGACAGCAAACGUCCAAGUCGCCCAGGCUUCGUAACUGUGGCAAAUCUAAGAGUUUGGAUUCCAGUGACAUAUUUCCAGCUAACGAGCAAAUAGCCUUGCCACCUAAGCUGCCUGAACACGCUGAAGAAGCGACGGGAACGGUGAAUCUCGAGACUGUCGAGGACAAAAGUAACGAGUCUUUGGAGAAAUCGCCGGACGCCAUAGAGAUUCUCGAUGAAUCUGCUAAGCUUAUUACAGGUUCCGUUGUGGUUAUGUCUGCCGAGGUUAAGCCAAAUCGAUUGAAAAGUUGUAAUUCGCCCGUUAGAGGGUCUAGCCCGAGUGGGUCGUUAGCAUCGUCUCUGGACGGUCUCGCAGCUCGGCUUCGAGAUUUCGACGAAAGUCAUUCUUUGCCGCCACCAUCGCCUCGUCCAUCCACUAGAUUACCUAGAAGUUCUCCCAGUAGUCCAGCACCAUCGAAAAAAGGUAAAAGGCCAGCAUCUGCCUCGCCGAUUAGAAGAAGACUUUUAUCGAGUCCUCUGUUAAGUAGAAAACCGCGAAAAAGUCGAGGCGAGAGUUCAGACGAGGAAGGACUCUUGCAAGAUGACUCGUCGACCAAUUACAGAGAUCUCGAGACGUUCCAAAAAGCACAGUUGCGACAGAAGUUGAAGCAGAAAGGAGGAGGGAUAUCUGGCCACAAAUCAGAAGCAGUGAGGCGAGAGCUUGUGAUGCAUAACAAAGCACCGAUGUGGAAUGAGUCCAGUCAAGUAUAUCAACUUGAUUUUGGUGGUAGAGUGACACAGGAAAGCGCUAAAAACUUCCAAAUAGAAUUUAAAGGAAGGCAGGUAAUGCAAUUCGGAAGGAUAGAUGGAAACGCCUACACAUUGGAUUUCCAAUAUCCCUUUAGCGCUUUGCAGGCAUUUGCCGUUGCCUUGGCCAAUGUUACACAACGGCUCAAGUAAUAAUCGUUAGUCUUCGAUAAUUCGUUUGGUACAAGAACGUUUAUCAGGUGAAAUUGAGGAAAACGAAGAAUGUUAUCCAGAAUGAUAAUCUUGUAAUUAUAUAAAUUAUUCGUCCAAAUUAAAAUAAAAGAAGAGAUGAAAAAUAGAAGGCUAAAUCUAUAAUAAUACGCUACGCAUAUAGUAAAGGAGAAGAAUGAAAAACACUUUAAAUACAGCUUUCGAAAAUAGAGCCACAUGUCUUUCUAUUAUUAAUACUAUCGACGGGCUAGAGUAAAUAAAUUAAAUAAACGAACAAACGUUCAGCCAGCCUCGAUACUCUAGAGAUCACAGUUGAAGAAAGCACAGUGGUUUUGCUUGUGGCAAAUAAAAAUAUAUGAAAAGAAACAAAAAAGAAGAAAAAAAAAAGAAGAAGAAAUGAAAAAAGAAAAAAAUGAAGAUCUUAGCCUCUCAAUCAAUGCCUUCAAACUAAUGUAAUACGAUAUGUCAGUUCGCAAGAAUCAGUUUUUAGCGAGCGAAUAGUUGAGAGCGAUUUGAAUUUGAGCGGAACAAUGAUUUUGUGGCAAGGAACCGUGGUAAAAAAGAAAAAAGAAAAAAGAAAAAAGAAAAAAAAAAGAUUUUGUUGAAAUGCUUCUUCGUCGUACCGUCCAAAAUAUUUCGUUUCUCCCAACUUCGAGCGCUCAUUUUUGUAUAGUUUAUGCGACACGUUGAAGUCUAGUAAUGCUGUUGAAAGUUCACCUCGUUCAUUUUUGCGGUCCGCCGAGUGUAUUCGAAUUUUAUAUACAUAUAUAUUGACGGACUCGCAUAAUCGCGCGAGCGUUUCAUGUUGUUCGAUUAAAUGUUUCUUAAAGCAUAUUACAAAAUGGAGAAAAAAAAAAAAAAGAAAAAAUGAUGAAAUGAAGAAUAACGAUAACGCUAAAUGAUAUAACGUCCGGCCUGUAUUCGUCCUCGUCGAAGCAGGACAGACGAAGGAGGCAAAAUGAAUAAAAAAUAGGAUAAAAUAAAAGAAUGUAACCAAAUGGUGCAAAAAGGAAAAGUAUUUGCCUGUAUGCUAGUGUGUGUACGCAUCAAACUAACUGUCGUCUGUACUUAAUCCAUGGUCGUUGUAUUUCAUUCGCCUAAUUGUAAGUAAUGUGAACAAGAAAAAGAAGAAAGAGAAAAAUAUCGAUUUCAGGCCUACACAAGAAGCGCUUAAUGGAUAUAGUUAUUUUUUCGUCGAGUCGAAAUUUUGAGAGUGGGGCGCCUGAAACGAGGUCAAACUAUGUAAGAAUGCGAUUAUAACUUUUGUUGUCUAGCUAUACAUAGAAAGACCAAGUUAAAAGUAUAUUAUUAAAAUAUGACAUGAAUUGCAAAGUCAUAUAACGCUUGAUAACGAAUAUGUAUAAGAAAUGACGCUUUAGAAAUAUUUAAUUUCUCAUAAAAUGUGAUGCGUCUUAUACUGGCUGUAACCCUAUUUUUUGCAAACAUAUACAUACGAUCAAUUUUAAUAAUUGCGAAUGUAAUUUAUAUCGUUCGUCUUAACUUUUAGAAUCGAUCCUUUUUUUCGAUAAUGUUUACAGUUAUUAAAUCAGGCCGCCCCGUACUCACGAGUUAGCGAUAAAUAUACAAAUAUUUAUGCCACACGUAUUGACAGUAAUCGUCGGUAUAUAAAGCUGCUAGAUCGUAUGGUUGGUUUGAUUUUUAGACAAUUUGUAUGUUGAAUUAUCUAUCGCCACCAGUAGUAGAUAGCACGUUAUACUUACUUACAUGAUAUAUUAUCAGCGACAAACGGUUUUUGGUUGAUAAAUACUGUUGCAUUCGUACCAUAAAAAAAACUCGCAGGAUAUAUAUAAAUAUAAUGAUACGCGUAGCGUGUGUACAAGGAAAUUUUAUUUCGAAUUUGUAUAGAAGUAACGAACAUCUGAAAAAAAGAAAAGAAAAACGACGCACAUUUAUAAACAACGUAAUCGAUCAAUCGAAUUAUGAAUAAUAAUGUCGAUGUCCUUUUGAAAUUUUUUCAUGAGUUCGUGCGUAGGUAUGUUAAAGAAACGUUUUAUACGAGAAAUCGUUGCAAAGUUUCUUUCGUAUUUUAUUUAAGAAACUGUUCUAGAAAAACAGGGAAAUAAUAAGAAAAAGCAAAAUAUGGAGUAAAUAAGAAAAUUAAGAUGUUACGAACAAUGUUACGAACAACACAGUUUCACAAUGGCUAACUUUUCAUACUUGCACGAACUUUUGAUAUCAAGAAAAGAAUUGCAUCAAUGUGAUCCAAUUAUUUUUAAUAUAUAUGCGUCUUUAUUGCAUCCGCCGAACAAGACGGACUUGAGUCACGCGAUACAGGUUAUGUUUACAAUGACGAGUCAAUCCGCCAAAUACCUAUUUCUUUUUGGGCAUCCGUUAUAUAAACGUUAUAAAACGAUUGAUCAUCGAUAGAUAUAUUAAAUAAAAAUCCACUAAAAAAAAAAAAACAAACUGUCACAAUUUGGAUCAUUGGAUCUUCAUUAGAAUGCUUCUUUGACGAUGAAUAGUGCCUAUGCAUAAAUCGAAUGGAACGACCUAUGAAAGUAAUGUAUCGAAUCUAAAACAGGAACAUUACUCGUCGAAAGUUUCUUGAUACUUUAUUAUUGUAUAACAAUUAUUAUUUUAACAUUAUAGAUUCACAUAAGCUGUCGUUUGUAGCUACGCAUAAUAUAAUUAUACACACGCCAUAGUCGUGACUGAGUUCCAAAAUGUUCGGCCUAGCUCAACAAGUCAGACUUACUAUUUGUUACAUUUGUUAAUUCAGAUGAGAAUGUUUUUCGUUGAAAUGUUUCUUUUAUAAGCAUAAUAUUGUGAUUACUGAUAUAUUAUUAUAAAAAUGGUGUGUCACGCAUAAAAUCUUGUGACUGAAUAAUAUACUAAAGACACGAUUUUACAUUGUAAUGAGAAUUGUAUCAGUAUUGUUUUUGUUUCUCGUAUAAUGAAGUUGUUGAUUUAUCGCUGAACGAUCAUUCUGUAUAUGUGCAAUGCAAUUUUGUUACCGAAUACAUUGAUGAUUAUCAAACAUUUGUAAAUAAAGAAUGAAAUUCUACAC